AUGUAGACGGAAAUUCAAAGAAAUAUUUGGAAGAUAUUCAACAACCUACCUGCUGACUAAUAUUCAUUUGAAAUUUUGAUUAAAUAGAAUUAAACUUUAGCAUUCAACACAUAGCUUGAACAGCAUCUGAUUGAUGGAGCUAAAAACCUCAUAAUUCGAUAAUACGAUAUUAGUAGAAAUUACCAUUUAUCAGAUAAAAGUUUAGAAGAAUUUUAGCAAUAGAUUGAACAUUCAGACGAAUGUUCACUUGUUAAUGAGGAAGAUUAGUUUUUGUUUGCAAAGGAUAUAUAAUAUGGGCAUAUUAUACUAGAUAAUUUAAUAUUCAGCAUGGCAGGAUCAAUUUUCCAGACUGGAAAUCCUUUAAACUUUUACCUCACUAAUUCAUUGAUAAAUGUAGAAUACUUGAAUUUUGCUAUUGAGAUUCUGCAUGAUUGUUCCACUUUAAAAUCAUAUGCUACCUAUGGAGAUAUUUUCAUUAGAAAUGUGACUAUAUUUGGAGAUAGAAAAAUUGAGCAGAAGAAAGUUAUGAUGCUUUUCCAUUAGAAUCAUAACUUUACAUUUGACAAUAUUACCAUUUCUUCCUUCACAUAUUUAACUGAUGCUAACUAUCUGCAAUUCAGUUUGACAUCAAUUGAUACUUGCAUUGUUCCAAUAAACGAUGGAAGAACCAAAAUUUAAAGAUUCACCAAUGUAAUAAUCAAAGAUAUACCAAGCAGAGUAAAUGUAGCCAAUGUGUUUUAUAUUCAGUUUCAUAAAGGUUCCGACAGACUGAGAAAUUUCUAAUAUCUUGUAGAAAACAUUACGAUGAUAGAUGUUUACACAUCUCAAACAGUUUUGUUUAUAGGAACUAGUUUAACUGAAUUGACCUUGAACAAUGUUUACAUUUAAAAUCUGACUCAUAAAUAGGUUCACGGAGGUAUAGUAAACAUAACUUAAUUUUUAGUUAAUGAAAAGAUUGAUGCACAAAUUGUUACCAAGUUUUCAGGCACUCCUAAUAAUGCCAUAGCUGAGUUCAAUAAUCUUUUAUUCGAAAACAAUAAAGUCUAUGCCAACAAGCUUUACUCUAGUAGUUAUUACAUGUAUCAAUUUAAAAUGUAAAGUUUACAAAUUUAUGACUCUAGCUUCAUUAACUUUACUUACAUUGACAGUUUCAAGCAAGGAUCCUUUAUAGUAAAGAUAGUAGCAAUGGAUCUCUAUGCAUCUCUAAUAUGGAAUACAGUUUUCAAGAAUGUGAUUAUAGAUAACAAUGAGCUUAACUUUUUAUUAUUCCAAGGAUACAAUUAAAUUAACAAACUAGUACCAACAGAUAGAUACUAUGUAGAAAUAAAUAAUGUAAUGCUAAGAAAAAGUAGAGUAAAAAAAGAGAACAGUCUAAUAAAAAUUGAUUCCUACAGCAAUAAGUUAAAUACUACAAUCUUGAUUGCUAAUUCCUCAUUUGAGAAUAAUUACUUUUUUGGAGGAGGUUAUUUAAUUGAUCUUUUUCAAAACGAAAUAAAUCCAAUGUUAAUAGUAAAUACAACCUUCAUUAAUAAUACAAGAGGUAUUUCAAACUCAAAUAUUACUGGUAAUGAAGCCUAUGAUUCGUCUAUAUCAUACAUUAGUGAUAGCUUAGAUAAUUUCUCAAACUUUUCUUCAGAUUUCUUUACCAAUAAUAUAUUGGUCAAUGGAAUAGUAAAAAGAUUAGUUUCAGCAGCUAAUUUAAGUUACAUUAAACACUAGUUUAUGGAUUAAUAACUCAGAAUUCAAGAACAUCAAUAAAGAGCUAUUUUUAAUAUAUUAAGAUCUCAACAGAUAAGCAUAGUCACAUCAAAUGUUACAAACUUCAAUAAAGAAUUGAUAUACAUACAAUAUUCACUUCUAGAAUUCAUCUCAUCGAGUGUUGACAGUGAAUAAAUAUCUGAAAAUGCUUAGGAUUAAACGAUAGUCACUGAGUAAUGUUCUUAUGAGAUAUUCAACAAUACUUUUACAAGGAAUAUUGCUACUAUUUAAGGUGGAGCAAUAAACUACAAUAAAAACUAGCCAAUUCAUAUCCUCUCAAAUGAAUUCAUUAACAACUCUGCUCCAUAUGGUGAAGAUAUUGGAAGUAUUCCCUUCAAUAUCAAACUUGUUGGAGAAAUACCUGACAGGAAUAUAAAAUCUGGAGUAAAAUAUAAAGAGUUAAUCAAAUUUGAAGUUCUUGAUUUCUAAAAUAAUAGGAUUACCAAUGACUAUUCAACAAAUCUUAAGAUUGUUCAAAUGAAUUCAACAUUUUCAUCUGUAGUUGGCAAAACCUAGAGCAAGGCAGAAGCAGGCUUGGUUAAAUUUGAUGAUCUCAUAAUAUUGGCUAAGCCAGGAUUAGCUAAUGCCUAAAUUGUCCUAAAUUUGCAGAAUGUUUAGGAGGAAGCUAAAUUAGCCUAAAUCAAGGAUACUGGAGGCUAUGGGGGAAAUCUUUGCUAAGUUUGUGUCAAUGUUAAUGGUACUCAAUAUUCUAGAACUCAGCCUUACAAUUGUGUGGCUUGCCCGGACCAAGGAAUAAAUUUCUUAGUUCUUGAAGCAAUUUUACCAAUAUCUAUAUAUCUCGUUAUCUUGGUAGUUGUCAAUAUCAAGUAUGAUAUAAACUCAGAUAUACCAGUACUAUCAAGAGUUCUUACAAAUUUCUUUUAAAUAUUAUCAUGUACUAAUGUGAUGAAUCUUGGCUGGCCAGGCCCAUUACAAAGAUUUCUUGAAUCUUUCUCACAUAUUGGAGAUUCAGUUCAAAAUGCUAUGUAUAUUGAUUGUCUUAUUAGUUCUAGCAAUUCUAAUAAAGAGAGCCAUUUGAGUAUUUACAUAAAAACUAUGAUUAUUGGAUUUUUGCCAAUCCUAAUAAUUUCACUAUUCGCUUUUGGAUUUUUAUUUAUGAUUGUUAGUAAAUAAACUUAACUUUAGAGAGCUCGCUUUUGGUUCGUAUUGAUGAUAAUAAUUGUAAUGCAUUUUACUUAUCCUACAAUUGUUAGAUCGAUUUUCAAUUUAUUUUUUUGCAUCGAGCUCGACAAGGGUGAAUACUGGCUUUAAAGUGAUAUGGAAGUUAAUUGUUUUGAUGGUCAACACAUAAAACUAGGACUUUUGAUCGGGCUGCCGAUUGUACUGAUAUGGCUCAUUAUUUUGCCGCUUAAAACAUUAUGGCUAAUAUUUAACUAAAGAGAAGUGUAUAAAACUCAUAGUUUCAAUGAAAAAUUUAAAUUCAUUUGCAGUGGAUUAAAAAAGGAUUAGUUUUAUUGGGAAUUUGUCAAUCUUUUCAGAAAAUUCUUUUUGGUGUUAAUUAGCAUCACUCUUUAAACAUCACUCUCCCUUUUCAAGUUGAUGGUUAGCUUCAUAGUACUUUCAACCAUCUAUAGAAUAUAAAUGAGAUUAAAGCCCUAUCAAAAUCCAUUGAUAAAUGAGCUAGAAUAAAGAGAGAUGCUUACAACAUUGGUUACCUUCUUCGGAUCACUAUUCUUCAUAAACUCUGAAUUUGCAGAUUGGAAUCGUUAUGCUACCCUAAGUAUCAUAAUAGCGUUUAAUGUCUGGUUUUUUACUCUAUUCAUUUACGCAUUUUCAUCCUAAUUUAAACUUGAAAUGAUGCUAACUGUUGCAAAAAUAUUCAGACAUCUAGCAUUGGUAAAUGAAGAUACAAAUAAAUUUAAGAAAGCAAAGAUCAAUGUAGAACAAAAUAAUAAUAUUAAGCAGCAUUCAGAUUCUUUAGAUUCAAACGAUGAAGAUAGGUAGCUUACUAUUUAAAACGCUAAGUCUCUGAUUAACUUAAAAACUAAGAACAGAAGUAAAUUAAAAUCUAGAAGAAAUCAUCAUAAAUCUGCUUUUACAGAUAGAGAGCUUCUAGAUAACUAUAGUUUAUUUGAGUUGAGUUAAAGAGAUGGAAUCUCAUAAAACUAAUCUAAUUAAAAAAGCACACAUAUCCACGAAUUGUUAUCAGUCCCUAUAAGUGAUACAAUAAAUAACUAGACAUAGAUUAAUUUGAUAAAUUACGUUACAAAUAUACAGGAUAACAAGACUUUGGCUACAUAAAUGAAUAGUUACUAUAAAGCUCCGAUUGACUAAAAUAAUGCAAAUGAACCAUAGAGGAGUAAUCUUAAAGUUAAAUAAUAUAAAUAAGAAAGGAAAACUCUAAAAGAUGAUUUGAAAUUUAAGCUGGAAAGAAUAUAGAAGUCAAACAAACUACCAUUAGAUUAUUGA